UGCCCUCUUUUGUUUCGGAUGGGUUUCUUUUGUUGCAGACGGGUUUCAUUUUUGUUUUUGCGUUUGCAUUGAUUUAUUUUUGCUUAGUUUUUUUGUUCUUUGAUUUUUUUUUGCUUAGUUUAUCUGUGUAGAUAUGACUAGUUCUAAUUUGAUUUAAUUAAUGCAGUUUUAAUUUCUGUACAUUGACUUUGGUUUAUGCGUCUGUCUCCUACGUGCCCAGCACAUACUGGUUUUUAUCUUUGAUUUUAUUAUGCUUUGAUUUAGAUAUGCAUACAAAGAAUGUAUGUUCUUUGACCAUAAAUAAGUAGAAUAUAUUGUUGCUUGUAGCAGAGGAUUUUUAUUCUUUUAAUGGUGAUUGUUACCAACAUGAUCAUAAAUGAGGAGUUUAGGCUCCUUGCUCCUCCUGAGGAUGUCAGUUUAAAGGGUUUUGUAAUUGGAUGGUUAGAGGGUUAGGUUUUGGUAGAUGAUGUUUUGAUGAGUAUAGUAUACUUUUACGUGCUGAAGACUGUGGAUGUUGUUGCGUGACUGUAGGUUAAAUCGACAUUAUCUUGUGCUACAAGUAAUGGUGUUUUUUUUUUUUUUUUGGUGACGAUAUGAUCAGGAAUUGCCUUUAAGGGGUGUUGUCGUUGUUACCCCAAUUCAUGUCUUCAAAUCCAUCCAAUUUUUCUGACUCUUCUGAGAUGAGCUAUAGCUUAUCAGAAGAAGCACAAUGUGGAACCAAGAUGGAAUUUCAGGUCAAGAGUGGUGCCAAUUCAUCAAAUGAUAAGGUUAACUGCCCCAAAAAUGUGGAUAGAAUAGGAAAGUUUAAUGCCAGUUCAACUAAUAAUCCAUCAGGUGGACCUCAGAAAGUGGAUCAAGCUUCCAAAGGAACAGAACUCAGUACUAAGACUACAGCUGAGACAACCACCAACAAUCGUCCAUUUCCAAGCCCAAUGGCACCUGCAAAUUCUGAACUUCUAACCACUUCAACAGGAAGGGCUACAGGAGGUAUGAAAAGUAGCAAUUCUGUCACCAACCUUACCCAAAUGAGCGGCAGUAGCUCCCGCUCUGACAGCUUAGAGAGCUCCUCCAGUACACCCCUCAGGCCUCAUACUGGUGGUGAUGUGCGGUGGGAUGCCAUUAACAUGGUCUCUAAAGGUUCCCCACUUAAUCUUAGCCAUUUUCGGCUUCUCAAGCGCCUAGGAUAUGGAGAUAUUGGCAGUGUCUAUCUUGUUGAACUCAGAGGAACAAACACGUUUUUUGCCAUGAAGGUCAUGGACAAGGCAUCUCUUGCUAGUAGAAACAAGCUGUUGCGAGCACAGACAGAAAGAGAGAUACUUGGACUUCUUGACCACCCAUUCUUGCCCACUCUCUAUUCUUACUUUGAAACUGAUAAGUUCUAUUGCUUGGUCAUGGAGUACUGUAGUGGAGGUAAUCUACACUCUCUUCGGCAGAAGCAACCAAACAAGCAUUUUACAGAGGAAGCUUCACGGUUUUAUGCAUCACAGGUUUUGUUAGCACUUGAGUAUCUGCACAUGCUAGGAAUUGUGUACAGGGAUUUAAAACCAGAAAAUGUUCUAGUCAGAGACGAGGGUCAUAUCAUGCUCUCAGACUUCGAUCUCUCACUCCGUUGUUCUGUCAAUCCUACACUAGUCAAGUCUUCAUCUGCCCAUGUAAGCAAUGGUGGUGCUGCCGGUGGUGGUGGUGGUGGCGGGGGCAUUUUAGACAAUGACCUUGCUGUGCAUGGUUGUAUGCAGCCUUCCAAUUUCUUUCCACGCAUUUUACCUACCAAGAAAAACCGGAAAUCCAAAUCAGAUUUUGGCCUUUCAGCUAAUGGAUCCCUCCCUGAACUAAUGGCAGAGCCUACAAAUGUGCGCUCCAUGUCAUUUGUUGGAACACACGAAUAUCUAGCCCCAGAGAUUAUUCGCGGAGAGGGCCAUGGUAGUGCAGUGGACUGGUGGACAUUUGGUAUCUUCUUAUACGAGCUCUUACAUGGGACAACCCCCUUCAAAGGUCAAGGAAAUCGUGCCACGCUCUUCAACGUUGUAGGCCAGCCUCUGAAAUUCCCAGAAACACCACCAGUAAGUGUUGUGGCACGUAAUCUCAUACGAGGACUCUUGGUGAAAGAACCACAUAAACGAAUUGCGUACAAAAGGGGUGCCACAGAAAUAAAGCAACACCCAUUUUUUGAGGGAGUGAACUGGGCUCUGGUGAGAUGUGCCACGCCUCCCCAUGUUCCUGAACCGGUAGACUUUUCACAAUAUGCCAGCAAGGAGGCGAACUCUGCAGACAAAAAGAUGACAGAUGUGGGAAGUGAUAAGAAGAACGGUAGUAAUGAUUCAUCUUAUGUAGAUUUUGAGUACUUCUAGCACUCCUUUAGGAUGAUAUUUUACAUUCUCGGGAGGAAAACUACAUUGUACAAAGAGCAAAACGUUGCAACCCAAUGAGAUAUAUACUUAUCAUUACAUGUUGAGGGUUUCACAGAGAAAACAUUUGUUAGCAGAAUACUAUUGAUUUCUUUCUAGCCAAGGGGAAAUAACAACACAUAUAUAGGGAUGGAAAUUGCAUCUAAAGUUUUGUGUGUCAUUCUUUCGCGUGUAUAUGCGUCGAUUUCUGUUUAAGGAUUUGUCGAUGUGUACUACAUUGUAUAUGAUUUGUAUCUGGUCUGGUGUAACAUACUGUCAUAUUGUUCAAAGUGGGACUAAUACUUGUUCCGUUGCUUCGGAAUUUCGUGCUGAUUAUGGAACUCCUCAGGCUGAA